AUGCGCAAUCCAUUGGCAGUAAGGGCUUCGUCGCUUGAGGGUCAAGACAUUCCUCGCGAGAUCUAUGGCUUCCGGCCUUAUCUCCUUGCCAUCUCGGCAUCAUGGGCUUCUGCUAUGUACGGGUACGACAGCGCUUUCAUUGGAGGUACUCUCAGUCUACCCUCCUUUCAGCGAACUUACGGUCUAGACACAGCCAGUGCCUCUGCGAAAGCAAAUCUGUCGUCCAAUAUUGUAUCAACCUUCCAAGGCGGUGCUUUCUUUGGAUGUGCAUCAAGUUUCCUUGUUGCUGAACGCUUUGGACGUCGCCCAACCCUUAUUCUCGCAGCUAUAAUUUUCUCCAUCGGCGCGGCCCUUCAGAUGAUUGGCCGACUCGACUGUCUAUAUAUAGGUCGCGCACUUACAGGCUGGGGCGUUGGGUCCAGUGCAAUGAUCCUCCCAAUCUAUGUCUCUGAAUGCUCACCUGCCCUGAUCCGUGGACGACUGGUCGGGACAUUCGAAGUCAUGCUUCAGGCUGCAUUGGUCUGUGGAUUCUGGGUCAACUACGGUGUUAAUAAGAACAUCAGUCCAGAAGGUAAUAUGCAAUGGCACGUUCCUGUCGCUGUUCAGUUUGUGCCAGCUGGCCUGUUGGUCAUCUUCAUGAUACCCAUGAUUGAGUCACCUCGAUGGUUGGUCUCCAAAGGCAAACUUGAAGACGCCAGGAAGAAUCUCAGCUGGGUUCGCAACCUACCUCAAGAUCAUGCCUACAUUAACCGAGAGAUGUCUAUGAUUGAGGUGGCCAUUGAACAUGAGAUGUCAUCGACAGGACAGAGAGGUAAUUGGCGCCAGAUAUUCUCAGAGCUAUUCCAGCCUGGAGUUCGAGGUAGGAUAGUCUUGUCUUGCGGACUUGUGUCCUUCCAAAACUUCACAGGUAUCAAUGCCAUAAACUACUACUCCCCGACCAUCUUCAAGUCCAUCGGAUUCACUGGUACCUCUGUUGGCCUGCUCGCCACCGGCAUUUUCGGCAUCGUGAAGAUGGCUGCGACCAUGCUCUAUGCUGCGUUCCUGGUCGACAAGCUAGGACGAAGACCGCUGCUACUGAUAGGUGGCGUCGGCUCUGGUAUCGCAAUGUUCUACCUGGCCGGCUACUCCAAGGUGUCAGGCUCGUUUGAACACAUUCCACCGAUGGAUUCGGGAGCGAAAACUGCCGUGGCGAUGGUAUACAUAUAUGCUUUGUUUUAUGGUAUGAGUUGGAAUGGAAUCCCAUGGCUCUUCACGUCCGAGAUCAUCCCAAACAGAGUCCGUACUCUUGGAAUGGCGUUCUGUAUCUGUGUUCAGUGGGUGACUCAGUUCAUUGUGGUCUACAGCUUGCCGCACAUGGUGAUUGGUAUCACCUAUGGAACCUUCCUCUUCUUCGGUGCUUGCACUGUUCUCGCAAUCAUCUUUGCGUGGCUGUUUAUCCCAGAGACAAAGGGCGUACAGCUGGAGGACAUGGAUCUGCUCUUCAGACUUGACGUGCCCAUUCUCGCGUCUCGGGCGAGGGAUAACUAUUUACAGGGUAUCGCUGCGAGGGCCUUAGAAGAGCAAGAUGAGGGGAAAAUGAAGGCAACUGAGAUUGAACAUGUUUGA